UCGUACAACGCGUGUCGCGUCGCGUGCGCCAUCUUCUUUAUUCACACCAAUAUGGGGGAAAAUUUACUGCUAAUCAAAUCUAUAGAGAAAUAUCCAUGCCUGUACAAUCAUCAGUCAAGUGAAUAUUUGAAAAAAGAAAGCACGGACGAAGCGUGGAACGAAGUUGCUAAAGAAAAUAACUUGACAGUCAAUGAAUGUAAAGAAAAGUGGAGAAACCUGCGCUAUGGCUUCGUUAGAAGCUUGAGACUAAAUCCAGAUGGAUCAGCAAAGAAGAAGUACUAUUUGCAUGACGAGAUGGCAUUCAUUUUACCAUUCGUAAAAUUAUUAAAUAAACCAACACCAUCAUACGUAUACUUACAAGCCGGGGACGGGGACACAGAUGAAGAGUUAAUUGAAAAUAAUGUAGAAUUAUGUCAAUCACCGCAAGAAGACAUAGAAAUGAAUCAUGAACCGCCAAGAAAAAGAGCAAAAUUUAACGAGUUAAAUGGUAAACAUAAUUCUUUGUAUUUACCAAAUAAAACUCUGAUAAGUGGAAAACUAGAAGACCCAAGGACAAUGUUCCUUUUAAGCUUAAUACCUGAAAUUAUGGAUUUGACAGAAUAUCAAAUGAAGAUGUUUAGAAGAAAGGUGCUAGCGUUAAUUGAUGAUAUAACAGAGACGCAGGCGCACUGCGACAAUGACUUGAAUGUAAGGAAAGGUGAAAGCAAGUUACAUAUUGAUGUAAUAAAAACGAAGAUGUGA